AUGAUGUCAAGAAAUAGUCCGGAAGCACCUACUUGUAAAAUGACAGAACCAAUCAAUUUUGAGAUAAACAAAAGCAAGCUUCCCCCACACGAGUCAGUAAGAAGUCCCGGAGGACACAGCAGCCAUCCUAAUUUCAGGCUGAAGAGCCCAGAGAAUGGAAAUAAAAAGAACAAUUUUUUGCUUUGUGAGCAAACCAAACAGUAUUUGGUCAGCCAGGAAGAGAGUUCAGUAGUCUCAAAUGCUAAUGACGUCAACGGGGAAGCUGUUGGAUUGAAAUCAAUAGGUGAGUGAAAACUUCUGGCUUUAUGAAACGUGGUGUCAUCUGUAAGUGUUGACAGCAAUUCACCACCCAAAGAGGUAAUUAGUAAACCUAGCAACUAUGUUUCUCCAGCAAAGAAUUCCUUGUCCAUUAGCAACCCAGCACUCUUCAACUCCUUAGUGUCUCCCUUGCGGUCCACAACUUGCCAUCGAUGCGGGCUGUUUGGCUCCCAGAGGUGCUCCCAGUGCAAGCAAACGUACUACUGCUCCAUAGCCUGCCAGAGGAGGGACUGGUCUGAGCACAGCAUCGUGUGCAAACCUGUGCAACACAAUUUCCGCCAUCUUGAAGAUACUAAACCAUCUUUUGAAGCAAAGAAUACAGAAGUGAAAAAAGAGAGUGAUUAUCCACUGGGAGGUACUAAAGAAACUGCCGUUUCUGCUAAUAAAAUAAUGUUUUCUGAUUUGAGAAGUCUGCUGCUCAAGGAAACUAUGGAAAUAAAGGGGACAGUGACAGAAUUCAAACACCCAGGAGACUUUCAUGUGCAGUUACAUUCUUCUGAAGUUUUAGGAUACAUGAAACAGCUCUCUGCUGACCUGAGGGAAACAUAUGCAAAUAUGGUGCAUGAAGAUGGCUAUCUUCCUAUUAAAGGGGAAGUUUGUGUUGCCAAAUACAUAAUGGACCAGACCUGGAACCGAGUAGUAAUAAAAGAUGUGGAUCCACUGCAAAAGAAGGCUCACGUCUUAUAUAUAGACUACGGAAAUGAGGAAAAACUCCCUGUGGACAAAAUUCACCGGCUAAAUAGAAACAUUGACUUGUUCCCUCCUUGUGCCAUAAGAUGCUUUGUGGCCAAUGUCAUCCCAGCAGAGGGGGACUGGAGUAGUCAGUGCAUCAAAACUAUUAAACCAAUGCUAAUGGAGCAGUUCUGCUCACUCAAGAUAGUUGACAUCUUAACAAAGGAAAUGGCUACCUUUGCUGUGGAUAUCACACUGCAAAGUUCAGGAAAAACCCUAGACCAUGUGCUUGUAGAAAUGGGAUAUGGCUUAAAACCCAUGGGACAAAGCUCUCAGAAACCAAGUGCAGAUCCAAGUGAUCCUGAGGAUGUUGGAACAGUGGUGGCCAAAAACAAAACCAUUGUUAACAGAAGUGACCUGAUCCCCAAGGUAUUGACUCUGAAUGUGGGUGAUGAGUUCUGUGGUAUGGUCGCCCACAUUCAGACACCAGAAGAUUUCUUCUGCCAGCAGCUACAGAGUGGACAUAAGCUUGCUGAACUACAGGCAUCCCUUAGCAAAUACUGUGGCCAACUAUCUCCACGUUCCAAUUUUUAUCCAACGAUUGGUGAUAUCUGUUGUGCUCAGUUUUCAGAGGAUGAUCAAUGGUACCGUGCCUCUGUUCUGGCUUAUGCCUCAGAAGAAUCAGUACUGGUGGGAUAUGUCGAUUAUGGGAACUUUGAAAUCCUGAGUUUGACAAGGCUUUGUCCCAUAACUCCCAAGUUGUUGGAGUUGCCGAUGCAAGCUAUAAAAUGUAUGCUGACAGGAGUAAAGCCAUCAUUAGGGGUCUGGACUCCAGAAGCUACUUGUCUCAUGAAAAGUAUUGUGCAGAACAAAAUGAUCAGAGUGAAGGUGGCAGACAGGUUGGAGAACAGCUCCCUGGUGGAGCUUGUGGACAUUUCCGUGACACCAAACAUCAGUGUGACCAAAGCCCUAAUAGAUGCAGGCUUCGCUGUGGGCACACAGGGGAGCAUGGUGGAGAAACCCAGUGACAAGGAAGAAGCAAGUGUUUCCUUGAGUAUAGAAGAAAAAGUAGAGCCAUUGGAAUGGAACUGGGUUGAACUUGCUAUUGAUCAGACAAUAGAUGUUGUGGUCAGUGUGAUAUAUAAUCCUGGAGAAUUUUAUUGCCACAUUCUUAAAGAGGAUGCUUUAAAUCAACUCAAUGAGUUGAACAAAUCAUUAGCAGAAUAUUGUCAGCAGAAGUUACCUGGUGACUCUAAGGCAGAAAUAGGACAACCUUGUUGUGCUUUUUUUGCAGGUGAUGGCAAUUGGUAUCGUGCAUUAGUCAAGGAAAUCCUACCGAAUGGAAAUGUCAGAGUACAUUUUGUGGAUUAUGGAAACACUGAAGAAGUUACUUCAAAUGAUCUACAUACGAUAGCAUCAAAAUUUCUAAAAUUUCCUUUUCAAGGGAUACAGUGCUGGCUAGUAGAUAUUCAACCUAAAAACAAACUCUGGUCUGUCAAAGCCAUCGAAAGAUUUCGGUCAAGUGUCGCUGGGGUCAAACUCCAAGCCCGGGUGGUAGAAUUCAGAGAACAUGGAAUGGGAAUUGAGCUCACAGAUCUUUCCACUUCAUAUCCCCGAAUAAUUAGUGACAUCCUGAUCGAAGAAAAUUUGGUUUUACAAACUAGUUCUCCACACAAAACCUUACCAAGCAGCCAGCCUACGAACAAACAGGAAUUUCAUGUUGACUUCUCAAUGCGUCAAGCUAUCUCUCCAGCGAUGCAUUGGAGAACAAUAGAAUUGCCAAUUAAUAAAACAGCCCCAGCAAGCAUAUUAGAAAUCAUAAACCCGAACUUGUUUUAUGCUCUACCAAAUGAGAUGCCAGACAAUCCGGAAAAACUGUGUAGGCUAACAGCAGAAUUGUUAGAAUAUUGCAAUACUCAGAAAAACCGACCGAACUAUCGGCCAAGAGUUGGAGAUGCUUGCUGUGCCAAAUACACAAGUGACAAUUUCUGGUACCGCGCCAUUGUGCUAGGGGUGUCGGAGGCAGACGUGAAAGUACUUUAUGCUGAUUAUGGGAACAUUGAGAUGCUCCCGCUCUCCAGAAUCCAGCCUAUCCCUGCCAGGCUCCUGCAGCUCCCCUUCCAGAUCAUCAAAUGCUCGCUUGAAGGACUAAGGGAAUUGAAUGGAAGCUGUUCCCAAUUAAUAAUAGAACUGUUAAAAAAUUUAAUGUUGAAUCAGAAUGUAAUGCUCUCGAUAAAAGGACUUAUGAAGAAUGUUCACAUAGUAUCGGUUGAGAAAUACUCUGAAAAUGGUACUAUCAAUGUUGCUGAUAAACUGGUGAUGUAUGGACUGGCAAAAAAUGUCACACCGAAAAAGCAGGCAGCUUUAAAUAAAGAAAAGACGCCUAAGGUGGAUUGCUGCUGCAUGGAAUUACAGAAACAAGUGGACAAACAUGAGCAGAUUCUUCUUUUCCUCUUAAACAAUCCAAUCAAUCAAAAUAAGUUUGCGGAAAUGAAAAAAUUGUUAAAAAGCUAA